GUUAAACUGAGGUAAGAAAAUCGGAUGGUUCCUUGUUUGAAGCGCACUACUAGUAGAAAUACAUUGUCAGUUUGUUUGUACUGUGUAUUCUGAGUCGGAGCUGAUUCGACUGGUGCUGUUUCAGAAUCUGAAGGAUUCGUUAAAGACUCGUAAAGAGCAUUUGGCUGAAAGUGAAAAGGCUCAUCAGUUCCUGUACGAUUGUAAUGAAGCUGAAGCAUGGAUGAGCGAACAAGAGCUUUACAUGAUGCAGAAUUGUUCGUUCAGGGAGCAAGUCAGCGUUCGUCAAGCGCAGAUCGAGAAAUUGUACGCCGGCUUACAAGAUUUAUGUAAAGAAAGACGGAAGCGCCUGGAUGAAACGCUGCAGCUCUAUGAGCUUCAUCGCGAAAUUGAUGAUCUCUUGCAGUGGAUUGCUGAUAAAGAGUUAAUUGCUGUUGGACAUUCGGAUGCUCCUACAGUAGCGUUAUGGAAGGAUAGUUUGAAUGAAGCAUGGGGAAAUCUGCUCGAAUUGAUGGAUACACGCAUGCAAAUGUUAGAAGCAUCCAGAAUGCUGCAUAAAUUCUUUCAUGACUGCCGUGAUUGCUUGUCCAGAAUUCUGGAGAAAAAUCAUGCUAUACCGGAAGAUCUUGGCCGGGACUCGUCCUCUGUUGGCGCACUAAAGCGAAAACAUCAAAAUUUCCUUAAGGCAAAAGCAAUUGGCCAACAAGUAGCGCAGAUUGAGCACGAUGCUGUGCAAUUACGCGAUGCUUAUGCCGGAGACCGGGCAAUCGAGAUUGGCGCUCGAGAAGCCGAAGUGCAGAAGGCAUGGCGCCAGCUUCGCGCGAUGUGUGACGCUCGUUCAGUGCGAUUGGGCGAUACCUCGGAUCUGUUUCGUUUUAUGAAUAUGGUCCGUGAUUUGCUUCUCUGGAUGGAUGAGGUUCGACGGGAGAUGAGCUCACAAGAAAGACCAAGGGAUGUGUCCGGUGUUGAGCUUUUGAUGAACAAUCACCAGAGCCUGAAAGCGGAAAUUGACGCACGUGAAGAAAAUUUCAAUGCAUGCAUAUCGUUAGGCAGAGAUUUGUUAAAUCGCAGACAUUAUGCGUCAUCUGAAAUCGAAAAGAAAUUGAUCAAGUUAACCACUGAAAGAGCCGAAAUGAUGCGACGGUGGGAAGAUCGCUGGGAAUAUCUGCAGCUAAGUGAGCCUUUGCUAAUUUUUGAUGUUUUCUUCGUCCAUUAA